GGAGUUUCCGUCUCCGGUUGGCGACAGCGGGAUCCCACUUCCCCUAUGUCCGGGGCUCAGCGGCGCUGUCGGGGUUGGCGGUUUAGAGCAUGUGAAUUAACUGAAGGAGCUUGAGUUCCAGUAUGUGGUAUAUUAUGCAGAGCAUUCAGAGUAAAUACUCCUUGUCAGAGCGGUUGAUCCGGACUAUAACAGCCAUACGAUCUUUCCCACAUGAUAAUGUUGAAGAUCUUAUCAGCAGGGGAGCCGACGUUAACUGUAUGCACGGCAUUCUGAAGCCGCUACACUGCGCUUGUAUGGUUGCCGAUGCGGAUUGUGUUGAACUACUGCUGCAAAAAGGAGCGGAGGUCAACGCCCUUGACGGGUACAACCGAACAGCCCUUCAUUAUGCAGCAGAAAAAGAUGAGACCUGCGUUGAGAUCCUCUUAGAAUACGGCGCAAACCCCAGUGCGCUGGAUGGGAACAAGGACACGCCCCUCCAUUGGGCUGCCUUUAAAAACAAUGCAGAGUGCGUCCGAACGCUUUUGGAGAACGGCGCCUUGGUUAAUGCUCGGGAUUAUAAUGACGACACACCCCUGAGCUGGGCUGCCAUGAAGGGGAACCUAGAGAGCGUGAGCAUACUCCUGGAUUUUGGAGCGGAGGUCAGGGUGGUUAAUUUGAAAGGCCAGACGCCGAUAUCUAGGCUGGUUGCGUUGUUGGUCAGAGGACUUGGUACCGAGCGAGAAGAUUCUUGCUUUGAUCUUCUUCACAGAGCUAUUGGACACUUUGAUUUAAGAAAAAAUGGUAAUAUGCCCAGGGAGGUUAUGAGAGAUCAGCAGCUGUGUGAAAAACUGACCCUGCUCUGCUCCACCCCAGGUACCUUAAAGACACUGUCUCGCUAUGCCCUGCGGCGUAGCCUGGGCGUCCAGUUCCUGCCGGAUGCAGUGAAGGAGCUUCCUUUGCCUGAGUCCCUGAAAGAAUAUCUGUUGCUCCUUAGAUAAGCGAGCGGUAAAAUUCUAGGGGAUUCUAUGCUUGAUUCACUGCCCCCCCAUUCCUUAUGCUUUCUGGGGAUGCCAGUAACAUCCGUGACAUCACAGACACUGGGUUCCUCCUCCUCGCUCUGAUGGUCAAGCUGAUGACCAGUCACCAUCCAAGAUUACUCCAGGUUCUAGGGCUCCCUCUCCUGUCUCACCCAGAGCACCAUACAGGACGGCGACCUCCAUGGUGGCAGCUGGCACUACUGAUGGCUUAAAAGGUGUGUGUGGGGAAAUACUUGUGCUAUUUCUUCUUGCACGGACCUGUUCCCCAUCUCCAGCCUCUGGAUUUCUCUCCGAGUUCAGUACCAAGCCACCAACCGUCUCACAAGACAUUGCGGAACAGAAUCCGACACCUUCCCUGCCACAGAGAGACAAAUUAUCAUCCUGCUUUCUGGAGACUAGGUGGGCUAGAUGCCUUCUCAAUUAGGUGUGGAGAGCAGGCAAGGGGGAUCUAUUCCUGUUGGAAGGAAUUAAGUACGAGAGGGAGUCUUGGAGCAUGAGAAAAUCCCACAUGGUUGCUCUUGCCUCUUGGAGGAAGUGAGCUGGUGCCAAUCAGCUUCUGUGCUGUCUCGACGGCGUCAACCAGGCAGUAAGUUAGUUUUAGUGGUAGCUCCCACCCCAAGCACAUGUAUUCAGUUUGUAUUUUUUCAUAGACCUUGGAAGGAGAGCUCCUUCCUACAGAGUGUUUGUAUCUCUAAUCAGUGCUUUCCGCACUGCACCUCCCCAAGCCUAAAGCACAGCACCCAGCUCUCUGGAUGGAGGGAGUCAUGAACCGAGUCAUGAGCAGAGAUGGAGAACUGUAGGGAAGGUAAGCCCUGUCUGGAGAGACACCGGUUUUUCCUUCACAACAUGCACUGGGAGAUUUCCCUCCCCCCACUUCUAAGAUGCAUCAGCUCUUAAUUGUGGGGGAAGGAGAUAUUUUAAACGUGUUCCUAACAACGCAGACGUUUUCCGAGAGCAGGGUGGGGUGGGCGUGUGACUCCUUGGUGCUCCGUAGCACCAGUAAGAGAGGUCUCCCGGCUCACUACUGCUGCGGAAUCGGUAAGGAAAGAGUAGCAGCCAACACUGCUGCUGGGAUCUAGCAGCACUUUGCGGAGCCACUGAACUGCAUCGUCUCCGGCUGAUUUCAGAAAGGCGCCGGUGGAGCUGUCCUUGCCCACGACUGCAGUAACGGUGGCUAUUAAGCAGUGCUGUGUGGGUGUGAUUGUAGGGCUGGGGAGGGGGAGGUAUUAAUGUGGGGAGAGUUAUGGGAUUCUUACAAUAUAAAGGAUGCGCCCUCUCAAAAAUACAAUCAGCAACAACCACACUCUGUCCUAAUGAACAGCCCCUCUCAAAAUCCUGCACUUCAAAUGGUUCAAGUCCUCUGGUGAAAGAACUAGAUGCCAAAGUGCAGUGUGAGGCUGCUCCGUGGUGAGGGCUUUUCUCUGCUUUAGGAGAUCACCCUGCUGAGAACAUGCUUUUCGCAUCUCCCAGUGGUGGUGGUGCCCUGCCCUAUUGAUCUCCAGUCCUGCCUGGUGUGAAUGUACUCUGGAGCGAUGGGAGGGGUUCCCAGCUUGUAAUCCUAGGCACUUGGUUUCUGUGACAUAUUCACUCUCACUAACACGUUUGAAGGUGUUUUGGUUAAAGUCUGGCACUUGGUUUUACGCUAUCUCACGUGCCAUUUCACUGAUUUUUUUGAGGGCAGCGUGUGAGAGCUCGCAGCACUUCCAGGAGGGAGAACUGAUCAGCAAUUCCUCAGGCAGUGCCCCGUUUUUAACGAGACUCUGUUUUCAAUGGGGGCGUUCCCUGAAACAGAGUGACAACAUCCAAUAGGGAGAACGUUCCAAAAUAGGAAAAGGGGCUGUUGGAAAGGGCUUCUGUAUAUAAAACUCUGCCGGGAACCAUGAAACACUCCCCCCCCGCCCCCCUUUCUGGUUUCUGUAGUGAUUUGUCUUGUUGCUCUCUGUAUUUUAUAGUUACAAAAAUAAACCACUCAAGACCGACUCUAA